ACCUCAAGAAAUAUUAACUAACGUUUUAACUGACUCGAUGAAAUUGAUUAUAAUACAUUCAGUGCACUGAGGAGAAAGACAUCUGAUAGUUCAUUUGCAAGGCAAUAAUUAAAUAAAGAUGGCAGUGGACAUUAAAUAUACUAAGUUGUUUAUAAACAACGAAUGGGUGGAUGCGGUGAGCAAGAAGACUUUCCCUACUAUUAACCCACAAGAUGAGACUAUUAUCGCCCAAGUAGCUGAAGGUGAUAAGGCUGAUGUUGAUCUGGCAGUCAUCGCAGCUAAAAAAGCUUUUCAUCGUUACUCCGAAUGGCGCACCCUCGAUGCGUCCCAAAGAGGACGUCUUCUUUUAAAAUUAGCGGAUCUCAUUGAAAGAGAUGCUAAAUAUCUAGCAGAAUUAGAAACUUUAGACUGCGGAAAACCAGUGAAAAACGCAGAAGCUGAUAUUGUUCGGUGUGUUAAAGUUAUCAGAUACUACGCUGGGAAAGCAGAUAAAAUUCUUGGCAACACUAUUCCUGCAGAUGGCGAAGUCUUGAGUUUUACAUUGAAAGAGCCUGUUGGUGUUUGCGGACAAAUUCUACCUUGGAACUACCCUAUUCCAUUGCUGAUAUGGAAAAUUUCACCUGCAUUAGCCGCAGGUUGUACAACGGUAGUGAAACCCGCGGAGCAGACACCAUUGACUGCAUUAGCUAUUGCCGCUUUAAUAAAAGAGGCAGGCUUUCCCCCAGGAGUGGUCAAUGUAAUCCCAGGAUACGGCCACACUGCUGGAUCUGCUAUUACUCAUCAUCCUGAUAUAGACAAAGUUGCUUUCACAGGAUCUACCGAGGUGGGACGCGUUAUAAUGUCAACAGCUGCUGCUGUGAAUCUGAAACGCGUCACCCUUGAACUUGGUGGCAAGAGUCCGCUUAUCGUCUUCAAUGACGCUAAUUUGGAAAAUGCAGUUAAAAUUGCACACAAUGCUACUUUUACUAACGCUGGACAAUGCUGCGUUGCUGGCACAAGAAUAUACGUUCAAUCUGGAAUUUACGACGAAUUCAUUGUUAAGGCUGCAGAAAUAGCGAAAAAGAGAACUGUUGGGAACCCUUUUAAAGAAGUAGAUCAAGGACCCCUGAUAGAUAAAGAUAUGUUCGAUAAAGUGAUGAGUUAUAUUGACGCCGGGAAGAAAAGUAGUGCUAAAUGUAUUGCUGGUGGUGACCGUUUCGGCAAUAUUGGAUAUUAUGUACAACCUACGGUAUUUGCUGAUGUUAAAGAUGAUAUGAAAAUUGCUAGAGAAGAGAUCUUUGGUCCAGUUCAGUGUAUAUUAAAGUUUGAUACUUUCGAAGAAGUGUUGGAUCGUGCUAAUAACAGUAAUUACGGACUUGGGGCUGGUGUCAUUACUAAUGACAUUACGAAGGCUCUUGCCUUCGCCAAGUACGCCCGUGCUGGAUCUACAUGGAUCAAUACAUAUUUGCAUAUCGUUGCUCAGACACCAUUCGGAGGAUUCAAAGAAUCUGGCUUUGGACGCGAAUUGGGAGAAGACGGUAUUCUGCAAUACCUUGAAACCAAAACUGUCACUAUAAACCUGCCUAAGAAUCCUCAAAUAUAAAUAAAUAAAAACCUUCAGCAUUUCUAACCUAGUAUACUAUUGCAUUGGGGUAUAAAUAUUAUAUUAAAAAUACAAGCAUUAUGCUCAAUAAUUAUUGUGGGAAUGAAAAUUAUCCGAAGCUGGCAAGGUUAUAUACAAGCCAUACUUUCUACGUCAUGUUGCCAGUACUCUCACCAGUUGAAUUACCUUUAAUUCUAAGUGUCUUUAUCCUUAUUUUUCUUACAAUUAUUAUAAAAGUGGUUUAAAAAAAAUAAAAUUGAAAGUAAA